AGCAAAAAGACAUCUGAUUUCCAUUACUCAGGUAAAAAUGCCUUCUUUGCACGAUGCGCAAGAGUUCCGGGGUAACCAAGGUAAAGACGAAGAGAUUGAUGUUAUAUCAGUGGAGCCCAUCGCCAUGAUAGUGCCACCGGAGUUGCAAGAUUCGCCCAACCUCGCCACGCCGAAGAGUAGUGCUAGUUCGAGCGCGGGUGGUGGUUUUGACAACCAUCGGCCUUCAACAUCCAGCGAUUCAUCCAUGGAAAAGACAUCCAGUGAAGCUGAGGGUGUUGAGGAGGUUGGUUGCAGUGCAUCGGCGAUGAGUGCAACGGCGGAGGUGGUGGUGUUUGAGGGGGCAGCACUACACCAUGAAGUUGUAAAUGGGGCGGCCACAGUGAAGGGGUUGGGGAUGCCUGCAAAGGCGGUGGUCUUCAGGUCGCUCUUCUUGUGCCGUUUGUGCCCGUCCACCAGUAGAACGAGAUGGUACUACAUCUCGAGGAGAGAGAAGAUGAUGAUAUUCACCAACAUAAGGAACAAGGUGGCGAGGUGGAAGAGACAAUUCGUCUUCAUUCGCGAUACACGAACAGAGAGAAUCAAUAACGAGCUCGCCGCCCGUCUGUUAGAGUGGCGUAAAUCGAACGCAUAUAUGAAUUACCCACAACUGACUAUUGGUGAUGUCAACCUGAAGAACCGGCUGCUCGACCAUGUGAAGGCGCGGGGUUUGGUGGAUUUAGAGGCCUUGGUUACACCGGAGCAGAUCGCACUUCUUGGGUUUGUCAACGUGGCAAACCUUCACGGGGAAGGAGAAAUGAGCAGCAUAUUGGAGAAGCAGUGCCAACGAGCACAAGGCUUGAGGAACUGUGGAGCUGGGUCUGGUUCCCAAUGCCAGACUCGCUUUGACAAGCGGCCACCUGCAGCACUUGGGCGCAGCUCGUCGCACAGGAGUUCCAACUCGGCACUGAGGCCGCAUGUUGAGCAGAAAGUUGAGCCUGCGCCCUCAAGCUCGAGAAGGCGUACGAGGGAGGAUUCUGACGCUGAAGAUGACGUUCCCCUCAUCCGGUGGAGGACGAGUAUGGGGAACCAGCCCGCUCCAGCCGCUGCAGCGCGGCCUGCCAACGUGCCCCCAACGCCAGCUCGUGAGGUCGUUGAACCAACACCUGCCUCGUCGUCUGUGGCUAAGCCAAGGAUUGCAUAUCUGAAUGGCUUUAGUUACGUAAGAACUGACUGCCAGGCCGCAAUGCUGCAGGGUAUGCAGAGCUUUGUGCCUCCCAUAGACCGGCAACGUGUGAAGGGGCACGUCCAACAGCAUGGAGGACAUGCUGCUCUCAUUAAAUUGAUGGAUGCGUUUAGCUGCACCGUCGCACUCUUUGAGUGUGAGCAGAGGGCGCGGAGUUUGGAGAUGGCUAAUCGAGCGGUGUCAGCAAAAAGCCGAGCUGAUGAGUUGGCCCGUAAGGUCAACGAGCUGAAAGAAGAGCUCAAAAGAGCUCAGGCCGAGAAGGAAAGCGACAUUCAAGCUGCGAAGGAGGAGGCUAGCUUUGAUCAGCACGUCGCCUUGGCUGAGGCGUCCUUGGAGAGGACCAAAAGGCUCCACCAGGGCGACGUCUGCUUUGCCCACGCACAAGGGGCUGAAUGGUUGGUGGGAGCAGAGAUGUUCCAAGACGCUGUCGCUAUCACCUCGGCCAACACUACCACGGACAUUUUCAAUGAGGUUCGUGGGAAGGUGCUGCGAGUCCGAGCUGACUUCCCCAUUGGCGAGCUGGCCUUCUUUGAGGGCAAGGAGAUUGAUGAAGAUGGGAACAGCCUCACCCAACCAGCUGACACGCGGGUGAGGCUGAAAUGGGAGCUUAAUGAAGAGGGGCUGCCCGUGUGGCCCCCUACUGUAGUGGAAGAGGGGGAAGACAUAGAGGGGUUGCCAAGCUUUGACGCUUGGGUGGCAGGCCCCCAGGACAUGCUUGCUGAACCUUCCAGCACUCCUCCUUCAGCUCAGCCUCAACCUCAGCCCGUCUCAGCCGCUGCUCUUGCUCCUUCUCCUUCAGAUCGACCAUCUCCUACUCGGUUUGUUUCUACGCCCAAUGACGCAUCCAUCCCUGUCUACCUGACGGAUGACUAGUAUAGGGCUUUUGUUUUGUUUGUUUUUUGUAUGCUUAGCCUCAACCUCAGCCCGUCUCAGCCGCUGCUCUUGCUCCUUCUCCUUCAAAUCGGCCAUCUCCUACUCGAUCUGUUUCUACGCCCAAUGACGCAUCCAUCCCCGUCGACCUGACGGAUGACUAGUAUAGGGCUUUUGUUUUGUUUGUUUUUUGUAUUUUCGUAUUGAUCAAUUCUAAAAGAACAUUGAUGGAAUACAAGUUGAACUUUUUU